AUGAGCACUAUGAAUCCAAAAGCCAGCUCUGGAGGUGAGGAAAAAGCCUCGGGAAUGAGGAGCAAGACCCUGGGGGAGACCGUUUGCUCGGGAAAGGUCGAGAGGGGACAAGCGAUCCUUGUUGCCUACCUGAUUGCAACCCUAGAGCUCACCUUCCUCUUCAUGCAGAUGGGAGUCAUGCCUUUUUCCCACAUGGGAUUUACCAUUCUGGUUCAUGUAGAUUGUGAGCUCUACGGGAUCCUCUGGUUUGCAGAUCAAUUUGGCGCCCAAGCAGCAUUAAUUCUCUCCUGUGCAUCUGGAAGUGCCUUCUUCCUGCUCAUGUCCAUCUCCACCAGCAUCCCCCUCCUCUUCCUCUCCAGGCUGCCAGCAGUGUUCAUGCAUGGGAUACCAGGUGCUCAGAAGCUUAUUACAGACCUGACUACUCCUUCCCAACGCACUGAUGCUUUGGGGAAGCUGGGUCUUUGCUUUGGAAUAGGCAUCAUCAUCGGCUCUGCCCUGGGAGGUGUCCUCUCCACCAAAUUUGGCAUUUUUGUUCCUGCAUAUGUCGGGCUGGUGGGAAAUCUCAUAAAUACCAUGAUAGCAAUGGUUUGCAUCCCUUUGCAGGCUAAACCAAAGUCAGACCAUCAUGUGACGGAGCACAGCACAUCACAGUCUGGCAACAUGUUUAGCAUCAGAGAAAUCCUACGCCUGAUGAAGUUUCCGGGAGUAAUGGAAGUUUUCAUAGUCAAGGUCUUUGCUGGACUUCCCGUAGGAUUGUUCCUGAUUAUGUUUUCCAUCAUUGCUAUGGAUUUCUUUGGCUUAGAAGCAGUGGAGUCUGGAUACCUGAUGUCAUAUUUUGGUGUCCUUCAAAUGGUUGUCCAGGGUCUGGUCACUGGAAAACUCACUAACCACUGCACAGAGAGGACCCUGCUCAGGCUCAGCGUCUUCAUCUUUGCCGGCGUUGGCCUAGGCAUGGCCCUGAUGAGGACCGUGUGGCACUACUGCAUCGUUGCGGUGCCAAUGGUGUUUGCCUUCGGCACGCUGGGCACCAUCACCGACAGCAUCCUCACCAAGGCCGUCCCCUCCUCCGACACCGGUACCAUGCUUGGGAUUUGCGCCUCGGUGCAGCCCUUGACCCAGACGGUGGGCCCAACCAUCGGUGGAGUUUUAUACAAACAAUUUGGAGUCUCCUCCUUCGGCUAUUUACAGCUAAUUGUCAAUAUAGGUUUGUUUGUUUACCUCUUAAAGAGUAAAAUCCCACUGAGAGAGAUGAAAAGCCAGUAA